UUUGUAAAUAAAGUUCCCAUAAUAUAUUUUCGAAAAUAAAAUUUCAUUUUAAUUACAGAAAUUUGACAAAAUCAUGUCAAAAAUAUGCGACACCGAUUGUGCUGAUGUAAAAGAAUUAAAACCAAAGGCGAUUAUAGGAUUUGACGGAAAUACAAUAAACGGUCUUAUUGUCCACCCUAAUGGAAAACAUGUGGUUUAUUGUAUGGGUAACAAAAUAACGAUUUUAGAAUGGGCAACCAAGAAGCAAUCGUUUUUGGUGGGACAUACGAAUAUUAUCUCCUCUGUGUGUGUAUCGUCUACAGGAAAGUAUAUUGCUAGUGGGCAGAUUAAUCAUAUUGGUUUUAAGGCUCGAGUAAUAAUAUGGGAUUUUGAGCAACAGAAAAUGAUUAGUCAACAUGAACAUCAUAAAGUUAGAGUUGAGGCUGUUGUAUUUUCAAAAGAUGAACGAUACUUAAUAUCAUUAGGAGGUAGAGAUUGUGGCUCUGUAGUAAUCUGGGACAUGAAAGGUGGUCAAGUGGUAUGUGGCGCCCACGUUUCUAGAGGUGUACAAGGAGAAGCAACUGUACUUUUACCAAUGAUGAGGAGGGGUCAGUGUUUUAUCACAGGGGGAGACUUACAUCUAGCCGUUUGGACUAUAGAUGUGACUGCACGUAGUGUCCGAAGUAUUGAUGUUGCUAUGACUAAACUAAAAAGGAAAGUGAUUUGUAUGGAUGGCAAUGAGAGAGAUGAGGUUUUAUAUUGUGGCACUACCACUGGCGACGUAAUGAAAGUAAGACUCAAUUUUCAUCAUGAUAUGGAAAUAUUGGAACCAGUCAGAACACCAAGUGUAGUAGGUUGUUUUGCUAGAAUAACGAAAAAGAAACUAAGAAGAGGAAGCGUGGACUUAUACCAACAGGGUGUACGUGCUAUACGACGGCUGUUUAGUGGAGAAUUGAUAAUAGGGGCUGGAGAUGGUGUUCUGGAGUUAGUAAUCGAAGCCGAAAAGCCUGUGAUACCCGGUGACAUUAUGGAUGUGAAAAUGCCUUCUGUGCCCGCAUUGAAAAUUCUAAAAUCUACUAAUGUAAAUAGUCCAGUUACUUCCAUACAGUUAAUGGGCGAGGAUACAAUUUUAGUUGGUACGGCAGCAUCAGAAAUUUACCAAGUCGGCCUAAGCGACUUUAGUGCCAAAUUAAUCGUUACUUGUCAUACGGCUGCCAUAUACGACAUCACAUUUCCGCAUGACUUUUCUGAAGUAUUUGCCUCGGCCAGUCAUAACAACGUUAGAGUAUGGUCGAUGAGUACCAUGCAAGAAUUGCUCCGAAUCACCGUGCAAAAUUUUACAUGCUCUAGCGUCGUGUUUACCCAUGAUGGCAAAUCUAUUUUAACUGCUUGGAACGACGGUGUAAUACGAUCUUUCACACCACUUACGGGCAGGUUAAUUUACGCUAUUCUAAAUGCCCAUAAUAAAGGCGUUUCUGCUCUUGCCACCACAUCUCACGGUCGUAUGCUUAUUAGUGGUGGCUGUGAGGGUCAAGUAAGGCUUUGGUCCGUGUCACCCUACAGGCAACAGCUAAUAUGUACGUUAAAGGAGCACAAGGGUCCAGUUUCUGCCAUACAUAUAAAUAAAUACGAUACGGAGGCGGCAAGCGCUAGCACAGAUGGUACCUGCAUUAUUUGGGAUUUAGAGAGACAGUGUCGGCGGCAAAUUUUGUUUGCUAAAACACUUUUUUUAUGUGUCAAGUACUAUCCGACUGGAGUUCAAAUUUUAACUGGAGGAUCCGACAGAAAGGUGGCAUAUUGGGAGGUACUUGAUGGUUGUCUCGUUAGAGAACUUGAGGGAUCACCCACGGGCACGAUUAACACUUUAGACAUUUCGCCGAGCGGUGAAUAUUUUGUUACCGGGGGAAACGAUCAGAUUAUCAAGUUGUGGAAGUAUCAAGAGGGGGUGACAACCCACAUAGGACUAGGCCACGAGGCAGUUAUCACUUCGGUACAUUUUAGCGCCAAUGGUAAAUAUAUAAUUAGCGGAAGUGCCGCGGGCACUAUUUUUAUCUGGGAAUGUCCGCAAGAUGAGAAGGACGGCAAGCAAGAGAAAGAGACUGAGAAGGCGCAAUUAGAAAACAGGACUGGAGAAGCUGGACAGGUUGAGGAGAAUAUUAGGGAUCUUCCCACGGCCCGAUCAAACCCCUCUAGUACAUCUCGCAGUUCACACCACAGUGUUCACGGUGAAGGUUGUGACUGUUGCAACUGUUGUCCCCCCAGUCAAAGAAGCAACAGCAGUGGACACUCGACCCGGUCCAACCCUUGUAAAACCGUUUGCGAUACGUUUUCGGUAUCGAGCAAUAGAAGUAGCAAAAAAGAUGCUACAAAGCAAGAGCCUAAAGUUGAAGUCGAAAAGAGGAAUUCUCAAAUUUCGAUAGUGAAACAGGGAAAUUCCAAAGAGGGUAGUAUUAGAAGCAAAGGGUCGGGCAAAGGGUCGCAAAUAUCUACACCAAAGAAGCAAGGUUAAGGAGUAAGACUGAUGAAACUGUUAUUUUAUUUAUUUAUUUUUUAUUUUAUUCAAUUUUAUGAAUAUACAAGGUUUUCCAACAAA